AUGACCCAGGGGAAGAAGAAAAAACGGGCCGCGAACCGCAGUAUCAUGCUGGCCAAAAAGAUCAUCAUUAAGGACGGAGGCACGCCUCAAGGAAUUGGCUCUCCCAGUGUUUAUCAUGCGGUUAUUGUCAUCUUUUUGGAGUUUUUUGCUUGGGGAUUAUUGACAGCACCCACGUUGGUGGUAUUACAUGAAACCUUCCCUAAACAUACAUUUCUGAUGAAUGGCUUAAUUCAAGGAGUAAAGGGUUUGUUGUCAUUCCUCAGUGCCCCACUUAUUGGUGCUCUUUCUGAUGUUUGGGGCCGAAAAUCUUUCUUGCUGCUAACAGUAUUUUUCACAUGUGCCCCAAUUCCAUUAAUGAAGAUCAGUCCAUGGUGGUACUUUGCUGUUAUCUCUGUUUCUGGGGUUUUUGCAGUGACUUUCUCCGUGGUAUUUGCAUAUGUCGCAGAUAUAACUCAAGAACAUGAAAGAAGUAUGGCUUAUGGACUGGUUUCAGCAACAUUUGCUGCAAGUUUAGUAACCAGCCCUGCAAUUGGCGCUUACCUGGGACGAGUAUACGGAGACAGCUUAGUGGUGGUCCUAGCUACAGCAAUAGCUUUACUGGAUAUUUGUUUCAUCCUUGUUGCUGUGCCAGAGUCUUUGCCUGAGAAGAUGCGUCCAGCGUCAUGGGGAGCACCCAUUUCCUGGGAACAGGCUGACCCUUUUGCAUCUUUAAAAAAAGUGGGCCAAGAUUCUAUAGUGCUGCUAAUCUGCAUCACGGUGUUUCUCUCCUACCUACCAGAAGCAGGCCAAUAUUCCAGCUUUUUUUUGUACCUCAGACAGAUAAUGAAGUUUUCACCUGAAAGUGUUGCAGCAUUUAUAGCAGUCCUUGGCAUUCUUUCCAUUAUUGCACAGACUAUAAUCUUGAGUUUACUUAUGAGGUCGAUUGGAAAUAAGAACACCAUUUUAUUGGGUCUGGGAUUUCAAAUAUUACAGCUGGCAUGGUAUGGCUUUGGUUCAGAACCUUGGAUGAUGUGGGCUGCUGGGGCAGUAGCAGCUAUGUCCAGCAUUACCUUUCCAGCUGUCAGUGCACUUGUUUCACGAACUGCAGAUGCUGAUCAACAAGGUGUCGUCCAAGGAAUGAUAACAGGAAUUCGAGGAUUGUGCAAUGGUCUGGGACCAGCACUCUAUGGAUUCAUAUUCUACAUAUUCCAUGUGGAACUUAAAGAACUGCCAAUAACAGGUACAGACUUGGGAACAAAUACAAGUCCUCAACACCACUUUGAACAGAAUUCCAUCAUUCCUGGGCCCCCCUUCCUCUUUGGAGCCUGUUCGGUACUGCUGGCUCUGCUUGUUGCCUUGUUUAUUCCGGAACAUACCAACUUAAGCUUAAGGUCCAGCAGUUGGAAAAAGCACUGUGGUAGUCACAGCCAUCCUCAUAGUACACAAGCCCCAGGAGAGGCCAAAGAACCUUUACUACAAGACACAAACGUGUGA